GGGAUGCCGAGGAGCCGGGGCGGCCGCGCCGCGCCGGGGCCGCCGCCACCGGGCCGGGCCCCGCGCUGGAGCGGCUGGCGGGCCCCCGGGAGGCUUCUGCUGCUGCUGCCCGCGCUCUGCUGCCUCCCGGGCGCCGCGCGGGCGGCGGCGGCGGCGGCGGCGGCGGCGGGGGCUGGGGACCGGGCGGCGGCGGCGGCGGCGCGAGCGGCCGAGGCGGAGGCGCCCUUCGCCGGGCAGAACUGGUUAAAGUCCUAUGGCUACCUGCUUCCCUAUGACUCGUGGGCAUCCGCGUUGCACUCAGGGAAGGCCUUACAGUCAGCAGUCUCCACUAUGCAGCAGUUUUACGGGAUCCCAGUCACCGGUGUGUUGGAUCAGACAACAAUCGAAUGGAUGAAGAAACCCCGAUGUGGUGUUCCUGAUCACCCCCACUUGAGCCGCAGACGGAGAAACAAGCGCUAUGCUCUGACUGGUCAGAAGUGGAGGCAGAAACACAUCACCUACAGCAUUCACAACUACACCCCAAAGGUGGGUGAGCUAGACACACGGAAAGCUAUUCGCCAGGCUUUUGAUGUGUGGCAGAAGGUGACCCCACUGACUUUUGAAGAGGUGCCAUACCAUGAGAUCAAAAGUGACCGGAAGGAGGCAGACAUCAUGAUCUUCUUUGCCUCUGGCUUCCAUGGUGACAGUUCCCCAUUUGAUGGGGAAGGAGGAUUCCUGGCCCAUGCCUACUUCCCUGGCCCUGGAAUUGGAGGAGACACUCACUUUGACUCAGAUGAGCCAUGGACGCUAGGAAAUGCCAACCAUGAUGGGAAUGACCUCUUCCUGGUGGCUGUGCACGAGCUGGGCCAUGCGCUGGGACUGGAGCACUCCAAUGACCCCAGCGCCAUCAUGGCACCCUUCUACCAGUACAUGGAGACGCACAACUUCAAGCUGCCUCAGGAUGAUCUCCAAGGCAUCCAGAAGAUCUACGGACCCCCAGCCGAGCCCCUGGAGCCCACAAGGCCCCUCCCCACGCUCCCCGUCCGCAGGAUCCAUUCACCGUCUGAGAGGAAGCAUGAGCGCCAGCCCAGGCCCCCUCGGCCACCCCUCGGGGACCGGCCAUCCACGCCCGGUGCCAAACCCAACAUCUGUGAUGGCAACUUCAACACAGUGGCCCUCUUCCGGGGCGAGAUGUUUGUGUUUAAGGAUCGCUGGUUUUGGCGCCUACGCAAUAACCGGGUGCAGGAGGGUUACCCCAUGCAGAUUGAGCAGUUCUGGAAGGGCCUGCCUGCCCGCAUAGACGCAGCCUAUGAAAGGGCUGAUGGAAGAUUUGUCUUCUUCAAAGGUGACAAGUACUGGGUGUUUAAGGAGGUGACGGUGGAGCCUGGGUACCCCCACAGCCUGGGGGAGCUGGGCAGCUGUCUGCCCCGAGAAGGCAUUGACACGGCUCUGCGCUGGGAACCGGUGGGCAAGACCUACUUUUUCAAAGGCGAGCAGUACUGGCGCUACAGCGAGGAGCGGCGAGCCACGGACCCGGGCUACCCCAAGCCCAUCACUGUGUGGAAGGGCAUCCCACAGGCUCCUCAGGGCGCCUUCAUCAGCAAGGAAGGAUAUUACACCUACUUCUACAAGGGCCGGGACUACUGGAAGUUUGACAACCAGAAACUGAGUGUGGAGCCUGGCUACCCACGAAACAUCCUGCGUGACUGGAUGGGCUGCAACCAGAAGGAGGUGGAACGGCGCAAGGAGCGGCGGCUGCCCCAGGACGACGUGGACAUCAUGGUGACCAUCAAUGAUGUGCCAGGCUCUGUGAACGCGGUGGCUGUGGUCAUCCCCUGCAUCCUGUCCCUCUGCAUCCUGGUGCUGGUCUACACCAUCUUCCAGUUCAAGAACAAGGCAGGCCCUCAGCCUGUCACCUACUAUAAGCGGCCAGUCCAGGAGUGGGUGUGAGCAGCCCAGAGCCCUCUCUGUCCACUCAGUCUGGCCAGCCAGGCCCUUCCUCACCAGGGUCUGAGGGGCAGCUCUGGUCACUGCUCACCGGAGCCAGCAGGGCCCUAGGCCAGGGGUUAUGUAGUUGAAGUGGUGGGUGCAUUGGCCUAGGCUAAAUGUGGAGCAGGGAGUAAUGGCAGCUGUGCCCCAGGGUGGGUGUCUGGCACCCAGACGCCAGCCUUCUGUCCUGGGUGAACUGCUCCCUACUCGAGGGACUAGGCCAGGCCCCAUGCCAGGAGGCCCUGUGGUCACUGCAUCCUGUGGUGUCCAUGAGACACCACAGCUUGGUUCCUGGCUGGACCCAGCACCUUCUGUGGGAAGCCAGCACUAGCGUUCUCAGUCCCGUCUGGGAGAAGCCACCAGUCCUGGUCCCCUUUGCCAACACCUGCUGGUCAGAUGUCCCCCCACCCCACCCCACUGUUCUCCAAGGCUACAGGACCUCUGCUGCCAACACGGUGGGCAACAAGACGGGUUUCCCCUGCUGGCAUGCAGCAGAUCCCUCAGGAAACCUGCUCCAUACAUCAGGGUCUCCUCUGAGACCCAGGAUUUAGGGUCACAUGCUGCAGGCAGGGCUAUGGCCCAGCUGGGUCUCACAAGGACCCAGCUGUCACAUCUUGAAUAUUUA